CUCCAAGCUUUCUCCUUCAUGCCAUGUAAACAAAAGUUCUCGAUUUGGGAGUUUAAAAUCCUUGGCCAAAAGAAUUUACACUUAAUCUCAUUGUCUAAUCUCCCAACCGAAUCAAGUCUCUCGCUGUCGGUCGCUUUUGUGCAACUCCCAUCUGUGUGUGUGUGUGUGUGUGUAUGUGCAAUCUCUCACGAGCGUGGAGUUUACCUUUCCUGGUCGCCGCCGUCGCUGCCAUUAUUAAAGCAGUAAUAAUCACAUAUCCUAUCCAUUUGUCUCAAUCGCAGAUUUUCACCAUCGCAGCUCACGAGCAUGGAUUGUACCUGUCCUUGUCUCCUUACAAUUUUAUUACAGCAUCAAAGGAGCAAAUUGUUCUUGAUACGACAAGGUCAAUUUGCUUUUUCCAAUAUUUAAAUAUCUUCGGAUUGAAGGAAAUGAGUUCAAGGACUUCGGUCAAAAGGCAGCAUGAGGAAUCAUCACCUCCAUCAGUUAAAGAAUCGGAUCGGGUUAGAGAUGAUACUUAUAAAAUAAGCAUUAAACCUGUAAGUGAUAAGGAGGUAAACUAUCUCUACAUUCCUAUCAGCUAUUAUAUUUUGAAUCCUAUUGAAAAGAGACAUGAAGGCUUAAAGCCUUAUGACAUAGCUAAUUAUUACACUGAACAUCAUUCUGCAAUCCCAUUUAUACCUAAGGCUUUUGAUUAUUAUAAAGUCAUAUUAGCAGAAACUGGAUCUGUAGAAAUCGCACCUACAGAGAGAACUGGGCACCAAUGGGCUUACAGUAAGUUCAUUAUUAAAAAUAUUAUAACCAGUGAAGAAUGGGGUGAUUCUCUCUUUAAACAAAGAGAGUUGAGAUAUGGGAAGCCCAUAUGGUAUAGUUAUUUUGACUAUAUUCAGGCCUGGACCGGAGCGCUCUUGUACGAGAACAGACAAAGAAAGUUUAGCUGGUUCAUUCAGUUUCAACUAGAAAAGGAAAUUAAAGAAUUUCCUCCCUGA